AUGACUACUGUUGACACUACCAUUACACGGUUUACAAUUGCUUGGAGAUUGGCAAUUUCUUGUUGGAGAAGUUCUGUCGUGUACGUUAGAUGUGCUCGUCUUCGAAUUUGUAGCCUGGCAUCUCGAGUACAGAAAACAUUGCAAGGUUCAUCUGACAAUAUUGGAUGGUUGCCACGCGCUCCUGGCAUGCCUGGUGUGGAGGAUGGUACAGCAAGAUUCUUGGAAUUGCUUGCAGGAAUAAGGAAUGGGGAGCACACAUUGCCUAGCUCAUUUGUCUAUCUGCUUAUUCCAGGCCUCUAUGGCAAUCACGGCACCGCAUCUGUUGAGCACAAUGCAUGGGAACUCAAGCAAUACAUUGAGGAGCUUUACUGGGAAUCCGGUAAGUGUGUGAUGCUGCUGGGCAAAGCAAGGAAGGUGAGAAGCCUGUAUUCCAACAAAGUAUAA